AUGGCCGACUUUAUUGGAGCGACGCCUGCCUCGCCGCCGUCUUCCACGAUCACAGUCAAUGAGGCGCCCAAGUUCGAAUUGACAUCAUACAUCAGCAACUAUCGAGGAAGAACAGUAUUCAGACGACUGUAUCUCAUAGGCGCAUGCUGUCCCCCGCUGCGCGAAGAGGCGGCCAAACUUGCAAUCCGGGAGGCAAGAAGAGGCUCCGAUCUACACAAUCUCGAAGAAGCCAUCAAGCUACUGCAAACGGUACCCAACUAUCGCGACACCGAGAACCUGCUAGACACGAGCUGGGCGGUCGACGUAGAGAAAAAGAAUGCGAAGGAGACACAGCGGCUAGAGAAUGAGUUGAAGGGCUACAAGAACAACCUCAUCAAAGAGAGCAUACGUGUAGGGAAGAUGGGUAAUGAGGACCUGGGCAUCCACUACCAAGAUCUUGGUGAUCUGAUUAACGCUUCCAAAGCCUUCGGCCGCAUGCGAGACUUCUGCACAACCCCCGCGCACAUCUCACAGACUGCCUUCCAUAUCAUCGAUGUCGCAGUCGAGCAGCGCAAUUGGAUGGCCGUCCAAUCUCAGGUCGUCAAGAUACAAGCUCUACAGAUGAAGCCGGAGGAGUCACGCCACCAACGCAUCGUCACUGCCAUUAAUGGUCUGCAGCGGAUGUGCAAUGGGGAGUACAAGGACGCCGCCUUUCUCUUCCUGAGCUGCGAUCCCGCCAUCAGCGAACUCGGCCAGAUCCUCACAAAGUUCAUGACGCUGAACGACAUCGCAGUCUACGGCGGCCUAUGCGCACUGGCAACCAUGUCCCGCUCCGAGCUACAAGCCAGAGUGCUCGACAACCCUUCAUUCCGCAAUUUCCUCGAACUCGAACCACAUAUCCGCCGAGCCACCAGCUUCUUCGUGGCCUGCAAAUACACCCAAUGUCUCGAAAUCCUCGAAUCAUACCGCAACGACUACCUCCUCGAUCUCUACCUUCAGCCCCACGUCGAUAGACUCUACCGCCGAGUUCGGGAGAAGAGCAUCGUGCAAUACUUUGAGCCUUUCGGCAGUGUCCGUCUGGAGAACAUGGAGAAGGUCUUCGGGGAAGCUGCCGUCAAGACGACCACCAACAACGCCGCCACGACCAAUGGAGUCACACAUAUCUCAAUAACACUACUGGACGAGCUCGUCACUCUGAUCGAAGAAGGAAAGCUGAACGCUCGUCUCGACAUGGAGAAGAAUCUGCUCGUUGUCAGCAAACCAGACGCGCGCGUCGAUACGUAUAAAGAGGCCGAGCGCACACUCGACAACUUCACGAAAGAUGCGUACCUCAAGCUCAUGCGGAUCACUAUGGCUAACGCCGGACUGGAGACCAAAGCGCCGACUCCGAGCAAGAAGAAAGGUGCUUCGGCGCUGGAUUGGGAGGAUGAAAACGGCUGGUCGAUGGACUCGACGAGUGCUAAGGUUGGUGGUGGCUAUGUCUUGGUGGAGGCGGUGGCAGUGGCGGCCUAG